CUAUCAAACCGUGUAUUGCUCUUCUCGUUGCCGCCGAUUUCACCAAGAGCGGCUGAGUUCCUUUGUGUUCUGCUCUGCCGCACGAAUCGGGUGCUGAGCACUCUCUGCGAUGGGGGAGGUGACCGAAAGCCCCUGGCAGUGUACCUGAGCGUUGAACGCCCCCGGGGCCGGCGCAGCCCCCGCGCCCCGAGGAGCGCGGCCAUCAGCCGGCUGCGGUGGCGUCGUGGCGCCUCCGGGUGCCGCUGUUGGCCGACGCGGAGCGGCGCUGGAGCCACAGCCGCAGCCGCAGCCGCCGCAGCGUCCUGCCCCCACGGGCUGCUGGCUCGCACGGAGCCGGCCAGAGCGGCAGCGGCACGGGCAGCAGCGGCGAGAGGCGGCGCGGGGAGCAGCGGCGUCCGAGCCGGCGCCGAGAUCGCUGUCCUCCGGCGGCCCCCGCGCUCGUGGCGGAGCGGGGCUGCAAGGGAGGGAGGGCAGCGGCAGGAGGGAGGAGCGCGGCGGGCGCUGGCGAGAAUGGCGGGCAGGCCGGGGCCGAGCCGGCGGCCAGCGGCCGGGCGAGCGCUGCUGCCCGCCGUGCUGCUGUGCUUGUGCUGCCGGGCGGCGCCGGAGCGGAUCCGCUACGCCAUCCCCGAGGAGCUGGGCAGAGGCUCGCUGGUGGGGCCGCUGGCGCGGGACCUGGGGCUGAGCCCGUCAGAGCUGCCGGCACGCAAGCUGCGGCUCAGCGCCGAGAAGCAAUACUUCAGCGUGAGCGGGGAGAACGGGAACCUGUACGUGAGCGAGAGGCUGGACCGGGAGCAGAUGUGCGGCGAGGCGCCGUCCUGCGCCGUCAGCUUCGAGGCGCUGGUGCAGAACCCGCUCAACGUCUUCCACGUCGACGUCGCCAUCCACGACGUCAACGACAACGCGCCGGCCUUCAGCAAGGCUGCUCUCCACCUCGACAUCGUAGAGCUGACGCUUCCCGGCGCUCGUUUUCCGCUGGAGAUGGCCCGAGACGCGGACGUGGGCAGCAACUCGCAGCUGACUUACCAGCUCAGCAGCAACCCGUCCUUCAGCCUGGCCGUCAAAGAGAGCCCGGAUGGAAGCGAGCAGCCGGAGUUAGUCCUGGAGCGCGCGUUGGACCGUGAGAAGCAGAGCUCCUUCGAGCUGGUGCUGACGGCGGUGGAUGGCGGGGACCCCGCCAGGUCCGGGACCGUGCAGGUUCGCGUCAACGUGACGGACGCCAACGACAACCCGCCCGUGUUCAGUAAAAGCGUCUACGAGGCGCGAGUGCGGGAGAAUCUGCCGCCGGGGUCGCCGGUGCUGCGGGUGCGGGCCACGGAUGCGGACGCGGGCUCCAACGCGCGGGUCUCCUACUCCUUCGGCAACGUCCCCGACGGCGUCCGCGCGUUGUUCAGCGUGGACAGCGAGAGCGGCGAGGUCAGGACGGCGGGUCCCCUCGAUUUCGAGGAGAGGAGUAAAUACAGCUUCGGCCUGGAGGCGAGGGACGGCGGCGGGCUGACGACGCACUGCAGGGUGCAGCUAGAGGUCACCGAUGAGAACGACAACGCGCCCGAAAUCACGGUGCUGUCGGUGUCGAGCCCGGUGCCCGAGGACGCGCCGGCCGGCACGGUGGUGGCCGUGGUGAAAGUACGGGACAGGGACUCCGGGGAGAACGGUCAGGUGUCGUGCGAGCUGUCGGGCGAGGCGCCGCUGUCGAUCGUGGCGUCGUCGGGCGGCUCGUACAAGGUGGUGACGGCGAGCGCGCUGGACCGGGAGCAGGCGGCCGAGCACCGGGUGACGGUGGUGGCCAGGGACGGCGGCAGCCCGGCGCUGUCCAGCCGCACGGCGCUGGUGCUGGAGGUGUCGGACGUGAACGACAACGCGCCGGUGUUCGAGGAGGCCGCCUACAGCGCCUACGUGGCGGAGAACAACGCGGCGGGCGCGCCGGUGCUGCGCGUGCGCGCGCGGGACGCGGACGCGGGCGCCAACGGGCGCGUGAGCUACUGGCUGGCGGGCGGCAGCGCGGGCGCGGCGCCGUACGUGUCGGUGGAGGCGCGGAGCGGCGCGGUGUACGCGCAGCGCUCCUUCGACUACGAGCAGUGCCGCGAGUUCGCGGUGGCGGUGCGGGCGCAGGACGGCGGGGCGCCGGCGCGGAGCUCCACGGCGACGGUGCGCGUCUUCGUGCUGGACCGCAACGACAACGCGCCGCGCGUGCUGUGGCCGGCGGCGGGCGCGGGGGCGGGGGCGGCGGCGGGCGCGGGGCCGUUCGAGGUGGUGCCGCGCUCGGCCGAGGCCGGGUACCUGGUGGCCAAGGUGGUGGCGGUUGACGCGGACGCGGGGCGCAACGCGUGGCUGUCGUACGAGCUGGUGCAGGCGCCGGAGCCGGCGCUGUUCCGCGUGGGGCUGCACAGCGGCGAGGUGCGCACGGCGCGGGCCGUGUCGGAGAGGGACGCGGCCAAGCAGCGGCUGGUGGCCGUGGUGAAGGACCACGGGCAGCCGGCGCUGUCGGCCACGGCCACGCUGCACGUGGUGCUGGCCGAGAGCUUGCAGGAGGCGCUGCCGGAGCUGAGCGAGCGGGCGGCGGGCGCCGACGCGCCGGCGGAGCUGCAGUUCUACCUGGUGCUGGCGCUGGCGCUGCUGUCCGCGCUGUUCCUGCUGAGCGUGGCGCUGGCCGUGGUGGCGCGGGUGCGCGGCGCCGGGCCGCCCGCCGUCCUGCGCUGCCUGGGCGCGCAGCGCUUCUCCGUGGCCGGCGCCGCCUUCCCGGCCGACUUCUGCGAGGGCACCUUGCCCUACUCCUACAACCUGUGCGUGGCGCCGGGCCGCGCCGUCGCCGAGGGCGCUUGGCUGCCGCCGCCGCUGCCCAGCCUGCCCGCGGAGGAGCUGCUCGGCGGGGAGCCCUGCGGGAAGCCGAGCCCGAGCAGCAGCGCCGGCGCGGGAGAGCCGCCCGCGGACGCCGACGCACCGCAGGUCGGUAAGCCCGCGCGCUCGCGCUCCUCCCCUCGAGCCUUUCCGAGCCGCCGACCGCUCUUCCCCGGGGCUUCCCGCGGGGGCGGUGCAGGGGCAGCGCUGAGCCGUGUCCCCGCCAGGGAACGGAGGCACGCACGGGCUCUCCGCCUGCCCCUUGAUGCUCUUUCCCACAGGAAGGUGCGCGUGGCGCCGUGACCGGGGCAGUUACCCCGGGGCUUGUUCCCCGCCAGUGAGCGGUUCCCUCCUUCCGCCAGGUGCCCUCCCAUCUUCUGGAGAAGGCUGCAGGAACGGCUGCAUUCGUGGGGCAGAUAAAUUUCAUCAGGGCGUGAUUUUCCCGAGUUCUGUGCACGAUUCUUUCUCCUCUCUUUUUCCUGGGUGGUAGUUCCCUCUUCCUUACUGGCCCUGUUCUGUCUCUCUGUCUGAGACAAGCGCAGGGGUAGAACGGCAAAAAAAAAGGGAGGGGAAAAAGUCGCCUCUUGUGUUUCAGAGCCUGUCUUCCCAUCCUGAGAACAUACCUAAGACUACAAUGAGGAACGCAAAACGACAGCGCUUGGGCACUCGAAUGAAGUGCAUUUGCACAUUUUCGCAUCGUCCACGUGGCUUAGGGUUUGCAGCCGUCCUUGUCUUCUGCCGCUUCCUACAGCAUUUAGUGGGAAAGUUGUGUCCCGCGGCCGGGAAGAUUCACGAACUAGACGAGUGUUUUCCUGCCACGCAUCAAGCUCUUACAGCGUGAUUUUUGAGAAGAUGAAAGCCGCUGCGCGGUCGUUGAAACCGAUUAUAGAAUUAUCAGUAUCGAAUUAUCGAAUGACCUGGAUAAAUGUGAAUGUACAUAAGCUAUCCUGUGUCUUGCGGGGAGAAAUCCCAGAGCCCGUGCAUGUGCCCGAGCAACGCCCCUCGUCAGGGGCUGGCUGGGCGGGGGUGGGGCGCUGAGGUUCUGUGUUGCUGGCCGCCACCCCCUUUAGCCUUUAACCGCCUAAUGACCGUCAGCGGUGGCGGAGCGUUUAAUCUGAGGCGUGUUCCUGGCGGCUGGGUGAAUGAGCCUGAUCCCUCUGGCUCCCGGGGGACGCUCUGGACAUCGCGUUUUUGUUGCAGAGCCUGUUUGCUCUUGCUGUCCUUGUACAGGUCGUUCCAGCGUGACGGCUACAGAAGCCAGU